AUGGAUGAUGAUGAUGAUAAUAUUGUUUUAAAUCAAAUUCAUAAACAAUUUCCUGAACCAAAAACUACUUUACAUAAUUAUUAUCAAAUAUUAUGUAAUGAAUUAAAAUCAACUGAAUUUAAACUACCAAAACCAACAUUUAAAUUAAUAUCAGUUAAUAAGAAAUCGAGAAACUAUUGGAAUUGUAUUUAUAAAAUAGCAUGGCCUGAAGAACUGAAAAUCGAAUCGAUUGGUUCAACAAAACAAGAUGCUUCAAAAAAAGCAUCAUUGAAAGUUUUAAGUUUAUUAAAACGUUAUGAAGAUGGCCAUCAAGAAAUCGACAAACAGUAUUUUCAAAGAAAAAAUCAUGCUGUAACGAAUUUACCAAUUGAAAAAUUUCGAACUCAAAUAAUUGAUAUUAUUGGUGCAAAUCAAGUAACAAUAAUAAAAGGAGAGCCUGGAUGCGGGAAAAGUACCCAAGUACCACAAUAUAUUUAUGAUGAUUGGUUUGAAAAUGGCGAAGAAGAUAAUUGUGAAAUUAUUGUUAGUGAACCUAGACGUAUAGCUGCAACAUCAUUAGCUGAACGUGUUGCACGGGAACGUGAUGAAGAUGUUGGAGAAACGAUUGGAUAUCAUGUACGAUUUGAUUCUGCAUACAAUCGUGAAUCCACGGCAGUUUUAUAUUGUACAUCUGGUAUAUUAUUAAAACGAUUACAAUCGGAUCCAUCUUUGAAGUCUGUAACACAUGUGAUCUUAGAUGAGGCACAUGAACGUGAUGUUAACACAGAUUUAUUAAUGGUUUUGUUACGGAAAGCAACACAAAUCAAUAAAAACUUAAAAUUAAUUAUUAUGAGUGCAACAAUUGAUGUACAUUUAUUUCAAAAAUAUUUUAAUAAUGCACCAUUAAUUGAAAUACCAGGAUUCACUUAUCCAGUAAAAAUUGCAGAAGAUAUCUGUGAAUUAAUACAAUGGAUCCAUCAGACCAAAUCAAAUGAUACUGGAUCGAUUUUAUGUUUUUUACCUGCUCCGGCUGAUGGUAUGCGUAAAAUAAUAUUAGCAACGAAUAUAGCUGAAACUAGUAUUACUAUUGAUGAUGUUAUAUAUGUUAUUGAUACUGGAGCACAUAAAGAACAACGUUUAGAUCAAAGUAAACAACGAGAAUGUAUUGAUAAUUAUUGGAUAUCACAAUCAAAUGUUAAUCAAAGAAGAGGUCGCGCUGGUCGUGUUCAACCUGGUGAAUCUUAUCAUUUAUUUACUAAAGAAAAAUAUAAUAAUAUGGAUGAAUUUCAAUUACCAGAAAUUUUACGAGUUUCACUUACAAAACUAGUAUUGGAUACAAAAGUAUAUGAUCAACAAAUCAAAGCUGUUGAUUUUCUACAACAAUUACCAAAUCCACCUGAUAAGCAAGCAAUUGAACGAGCUGUUAACAACUUAAUUGAUUUAAAAGUAUUAGAUCGAAAUGAACAUCUUACACCGUUAGGAAAAACUAUUGCUUUGUUUUCAUUAUCACCGACAUUAGCAAAAGCACUUGUUUAUUCAUAUUUCUUUGAUUGUUCUAAACCAACCGUUAAUAUUGUCACAGCAUUAAGUUUAGAUUCACAAAUUUUUACUGGGCUAUUUAAUGAUAAAAGUGUGAUACGUUCAUUGAAAUCGAAUUUUAAUGAGAAUAGUGAUCAUUUAUUUUAUGAUCAAGUAAUACAAGAAUGGAAACGUGUUUAUCAUAAUAAUCGACAUGGUGUUUAUAAUUGGUGUGAACGACAUUUUAUAAAUCCUUUUAAAAUGAACUUAUUAAAUAGUAAGUAUUCGAUUCCAUUUUACCAUUCUAUACAAUUAAGGAUGAGUGAUCAAAUGAUAACUAUAGGAUCAGAUAGUGUGAACUAUAAAAGGAAGUUAACGCCAUCAUUAUUUUAUUGUUAUUCAAAUGAUACACAUUCAAUAGCAAGACGUACAACAAUUGUAAGAGAGACAAGUCUUAUAUCACCAUUAACUGUAUUAUUAUUUGUUAAUGUUUUUAAACAAAAAAAUGAAAAUGAUUUGGCAGUAUUUAUUCUUGAACGAAAUCCUAGUUUGAAAUUUACUUUAAAAAAAGAGUAA